AUGAAGAUACUCGCCACCCUGGCCGCGCUCCUCGUAGCCGUGGCCACUUCCAAACCCGUGGCCACCGCCCCUCGAACCGAGGCGCAAGCCGAGCUGGACAAGCGCGACACCGAAAUCGUCUACCUGGCCAACUGCAAGCACUUAGUGUCGGGCUGCCCUUCUCCGGCCGAAACCGACUCGUACAUUUUCUACUACCCAGCCAGCGCGGCGGCCAACAGCGGCCAGCCCUUCUCCAGUGACAACCAGUGCGCGGUGAUGACGAGCAGCUACGCGUGGUGGGGGAACAGCUCGCUGGCGUGCACCUUCCCGACCAACGGCCGGUUCUCGGCGCACAUCGACGCGGAUGCGCAGAGCGGCCCCGACUAUUCGUGGGCCGGCUGGGGCUCCAACGGCUGCAAGAACUGGAACUGCUACAAGGACAACGGGCGCACCAUCAUCACUACCUCUGGCACGGAGUGGUCCAACAGCUGCAGCAGCGUCUACUACUGUACCCCGCAGUAA